AUGAAAAAAAGAAAAGCAAAGUCAGAAGAUGAGUCUAUACAAGAUGAAAAAACUAAACAUCAAGAUGAGGCAGAUUUGGUAUGUACUAAAAAGCGAGAGGACAAACAACGUGCUAAGGAGGACAACACCAUUAAAUGUUACGCAUUUGACCUCCAACAGUGCCUGCCAACACCCUACUUAAAUACGUCGGUGGCAUUCUAUAAACGCCAACUGUGGACGUUCAACCUAACUUUCCAUGAAACGACAACAGGGGAUGUAACUUGCUUCAUGUGGCAUGAGGCCGAAGGUGCAAGAGGAGCCAAUCAAAUCGCUACAUGUAUUUUUAAACAACUGUCAAGUUUGACACAACAAAUCAAAAAAGCCAUUUUAUAUUCAGAUUCAUGUGGGGGCCAAAACAGAAAUUCACAUGUCUCAGCAAUGUUUUUAACGCUUUUGCAGCAAUGUUCUCAGCUGGAGCAAAUAGACCACAAGUUUAUGGUCAGUGGUCAUAGCCACCUUGAAUGUGAUGUUGAUCAUGGGAUGAUAGAGAAACAAAAGAAACAUCUACAGAUGCAAAUUUCAGUUCCUCACGAUUGGUACCAGUUAGUACGAGAUACUGGAAAAAAGAAAAAGUUUCAAGUGGUGGAAUUAAACCACAAAGAUUUCGUAAACUAUUCCGACCUAUAUAAAAGCCAUCUUAAACUAAAACAAGAAGAUAGCAAUGGUAACUCCUUCAAGUGGACAGAGUUACGGUGGCUAAGGUACCGUCAAGAAUUUCCAAAAAAUAUUUUUUUCAAGUCUUCACUAGACGAAAGGGAAGAAUUUCGAUGUAUGAAUUUAGAAGGAAGGAUAUCACAAGAUACACCCUUAAAUUCGCUACCUUGCUAUACAUCUUCAUUAGUAAUUUCUAAUGAAAAAAAGAUUCUGGAUUUACUAAGUCCAGACUUUCACGAUUUUGAUAAAAAUCUGAAAACUACUAACAAUGCCAAAAGCACAUUGCACGACCUAGUGAAAGAAAAAGAUGAAGAGCUAGAAUAA